AUGGCUGCCCUUGGCGGAUUUGUCCAGAACCAGUGGGAUGUCCCCGUGAAUGAUGCGAACUACCACCAAGAUUCGGAUAAAGUUGCAGCAAUGCGCUACCAAAGUAUCUGGCCUGUAGUCGAGGCUCUUGAUACAUCCGGAUGGCUACGCACGGAAAUGGAUUACCAUACCUAUCGUUGGACACAACUGAUCAGGGGCAUGUAUACCUUUGGGCACAACCAGGUGGCGUAUGGCAGGCUGAGAGCAUUGGGCGCUGGAACCGCGGCGCAGGACACUAAGAGAAGGAAUGAGCGGUUGCGACUGAAGAAAGCUUACAAUGAGCUUGUGGCAAGCACAGUGAUGCUCUACCAGAGGGUUUGCCGGUUCAUUGGUAACGACCAUCGGGGUAAACCCUCUAGAAUGAAUCGCAACUUUGACCCAGACUUUCUCCUCUGGAGUGUAAAAUGGUUUGACUUAAUGAAGACAUACAAGUGGAAACAUGCGAUGAUGGAAGGUAGGACUACUUAUCGACGGGAAUUUAGGGUUGGGCCGACUUAUGUACCUCUGGAGGGGGGAAAUUGGCGCGACCUCACGAGGUUGUAG